AUGAGACGAGCUGCGGGGAGUUCUCGCGCAGCGACAGAGGGCCGCUCGGGGGAGUGGCGCAUGCGCGCAAGCGCAGGCGGGAUGGCGAGUGUGGGGGGUUGGGGGGGUGUGGGCCCCACACGCAUCGACGAGGACGGCGACGACACCGGCGAGGGCGAGGAGGAGGGGGAGGGCGGUGCGCUGGGCGCAUGGAUGGCUGGUGGCGCUGCGGCAGUGGCGUCUGUGGCGGCGCUAUCAGCGGCCCAGCGCAACCCCGCUCUGGCGCUGAAAACCCUCUCCCACUGGGGGCGCGGCGCAGGGGGCGACAGGGGGCAGGGGGACGUGGGGGGCGCUGCAGGGUGGGUGGACGAGGGUGAGGAGGGAGAGAUGCGACAGCAGAGGAGAAGGCGCCGCUGCACACAGGGGGACAGCGGGGUCAGCAGUGACGAGGGAGGAGGAGGGGGAGGAGGGGCGGCACGGGCGGCGUUGUUUGGAGCUAGCAUGGACGAGAUCUGGGAGGCCGCCACGGCGCCGUCUCGCAAGCGAAGGAAACUGGUCCGUCCGUUCACACGCUCUCCCCGUGCUCUCCCCGUGCUCUCCCCACGCUCUCCCCACGCUUUCCCCACGCUCUCCCUAUGCUGGCCCUUCUCCCCCGUGCUUCUGCGCAAGCGGGGGCGGCCCAAGGGGUCGGCGCGCCUGUCGCCCGAGGUGGUGGCACGGCUGGGCGAUGCCAACCUCAUGUACGCCAUGGGGCGCUACAGCCAGGCCAUCCCUCUACUGGAGGCGGUGAUACGGGAGGCCCCUGCCGUGCCCGACAGCUACCAGACGCUGGCGCUCGUGUACGACGCCAUGGGGGAGCGGCGGAAGGCGGUGAACCUGAGCAUGAUCGCUGCUCACAUCACCCUGCAGGACACCGCCUUGUGGCGCCGCCUUGCUGCCUGGUCGCUGGAGUUGGGCAACCCAUCUCAGUCGCUCUACUGCCUCUCCAAGGUACUCCCCACUCCAUACUCCACUCUCCCACUUUUGCUCUUCCCCUCCAUGUCUUCUCUCUACUCCUUUUGGUCUCCACCCUCUCGUUUCUCCCCUCACACCUCCCCUCCCACACCUCACUGCUCUGCCCUGCCUGUCUCAUGUCGCCAGGGGCACUGCUGCUUCCCCUGCCGCUCUCCUCCCCCCCGCUCUCCUCCCCCCCGCUCUCCUCCCCCCCGCUCUCCUCCCCCCCGCUACCCUCACAUUCUACUCCCCCCACCCCUCCGACACGCUGCACCUCACUCCCACGUGGGUGUGGAGGCAAGGCAGGGCCAGGUGCUGCUGCUGCCAGGUGGAGUGGAGCCCACCAUUGCCGCCCACCUGCGCCUCGUCUCUCGUCGUGCGGCGGGACCUCUCCGACGUGGAGGCGCGGGGGGAGCAGGUGCUGCUGCUGCCGGGCGGAGCCGAUAUUUGCUGCCCACCUGCAGCUCGUCUCUCCACCCGCUCUUCCCACCCCCACCCCCCCUCCCCGUCCAUCCCCGCCAGGUGGUGCGGCGGGACCCAUCGGACGUGGAGGCGAGGUGGGAGCAGGCGCUGCUGCUGGCGGAGGCGGGGGACUACCGGCGGGCGGCGGCUGCUCUCGAGCUCAUGCGCGCCCACAGGGAGGCGGACGGGCAGCGGGAGGCGGAUGGGGAGGUGUGCAAGAUGCUGGCGCGGAUGUAUCACCGCAUCGACCAAUCAGACAAGGCCAUCGAGGUCCUCCAGUCGCUCCUCUCCUCCACUGCCCCCGCCGCCCCGCUCGACCUCACGGCGGUCAACAUUCUCGCCGAGCUCUACAUCACCAAGGGAAGCUUCCAGGAAGCGCUGGCUGUGGUGGAGCGGGCGCGGGCGUCGCUGUGUCCCGGGGAGGCCCUGCCGGUGGACCUGGGCGCCAAGGCGGGCACGUGCCUCGUGCGCCUGGGGCGACUCACAGACGCUCAGCCAUACCUGCAGGCGCUGGAGCAGGAGAGCGCAGGGGACUGUGCAGACCUCUUCACAGAGGCAGGUGAUGGCUUCAUGGCUGUCGGCCGGGCGGCAGAUGCUGUCCGCUUCUACCGCCCGCUUUGCUGCCACUGGGAUGACGUGGCACUCGCUGCUGCUGCUGCCGCCGCUGCGGAUGCUGCUGCGGGGGUUCUUGGGGGUGUUGCCGCUGAUUCAGAGGCUGGUGGGGCAGCGACAGCGUCAGAUGGGCGAGGGGGAGGAGCAGAGGCGGUAUGGCAGGAGGUGGAGGGGCGGGCGGCGGUGUGGGUGAAGCUGGGAGCGGCGUGUGCUGCUGCUGGGCGCGUGGAUGAAGCCGUGCUCAUUCUGCACAGAGGUGCGCAAGCUGUCAUCGCAGGCUGCGGGCGCGCAUGGGCAGUGGAAUCUAGGGGCGCACGUGGCGCGGUGCCUGGGGUCCUGGGAGGGGUGUGUUCUUGUCUGCAUCUCUCUGCAUCUCUCUGCACCUUUCUGCCGCUCCUGCGCAUGCGCUUGCAUCUGUGUUUGCCCGCACCCCUGCUUGUUCCUUUCCAUCUCCAUCCUCGGCAUUCCCCCUCUCUCCCUCCUUUGCACUCUCUUCCCUCCUUUACACCCUCUUCCCUCCUUAACACUCUCUUCCCUCCUUUGCAAUCUCUUCCCUCCUUUACACUCUCUUCCCUCCUUUGCACUCUCUUCCCUCCUUUACACUCUCUUCCCUCCUUUGCACUCUCUUCCCUCCUUUACACUCUCUUCCCUCCUUUACACUCUCUUCCCUCCUUAACACUCUCUUCCCUCCUUUGCACUCUCUUCCCUCCUUUGCACUCUCUUCCCUCCUUUACACUCUCUUCCCUCCUUAACACUCUCUUCCCUCCUUUACACUCUCUACACUCUCUUCCCUCCUUUGCACUCUCUUCCCUCCUUUACACUCUCUUCCCUCCUUAA